AUGUAUUUCUCUGCUAUUUGUGUAGGUGUGACAUCGGGAGCAGAGCUCUCCUUCACGCUGGAGCCCAGUGACAUCAUCGCGGUGCAGGAGCAGCCCCUCAUGCUGCACUGUCAGGUGGAUGGCAUCCCACCAAUCACCACGCAGUGGAGGCGGAACGGAGUCCUCCUGGUGGUUGACCAAUACUACACCAUGUUCCACAACGGCACUCUGCUGAUUGGACGCUUCCAGAGGACCAAGUCUGACGGCUCAACUGAUGAAGGGGAUUAUGAGUGCGUGGGCCAGAACACCUUUGGUCUGGUGGUGAGCCGCAGGGCCAGGGUGCAGGCCGCCACGAUGGCGGAGUUCCAUGUCCAGCCGCGGUCAGUGCGUGCGGAGGAGGCGGGCAUGGGGCGGUUCCAGUGCCAGAUUCACGGCCUGCCUGAACCUGCCAUCAGCUGGGAGAAAGAUGGCCGCUCUGUGGACACUAAGGAUGAGAGGUAUACCCUGCUCCCCACUGGUGUUCUGCAGAUCACAGGUCUGCGUCAGGAGGAUAGUGGUGUGUUCUGCUGUGUGGCCCACAACAGUGCAGGAGUAAAGCACAGUGCCGGGGCUCGCCUCACCGUCUCAGUAUCCCAGUCUUCUGUUUACAAAGAGCCCAUGAUCCUCGUGGGUCCUGAAAACCUCACUCUCACCGUUCACCAGACGGCCAUCUUGGAAUGUGUUGCCACAGGAUAUCCCCGCCCCAUCGUGUCAUGGAGCAGGCUUGAUGGCCGUCCGAUAGGUGUGGAGGGCAUCCAGGUGCUGGGUACAGGGAACCUGAUGAUCACAGAUGUCGGAGUCCAGCACUCUGGCGUCUACGUCUGUGCUGCCAACAAACCAGGGACCCGUGUACGCAGAACCGCUCAGGGACGUCUGGUGGUCCAAGCCCCGGCAGAGUUUGUGCAGCCUCCCCAGUCCAUCUCCCGGCCGGUGGGCACCACUGCUAUCUUCACCUGCCAGGCGCAGGGCGACCCUGUGCCCCACCUCACCUGGCUGAAGAACGGGCAGAUCCUGGAGCCUGGAGGGCACGUCAAGCUCAGGAACAACAACACCACGCUGACCAUCUAUGGCAUCAGUCAGGAGGACGAGGCCAUCUACCAGUGCAUCGCUGAGAACAGCGCCGGCUCCACCCAGGCCAGUGCCCGUCUCACCGUGCUCUGGGCAGACGGUCUGCCAGGGAUGCCCAGUGUGGUGCGGGCCGAGGCUCUCUCACCCAACGCCAUCCAGGUGUCCUGGAAGGAGUCCGCCCAGGACACUCAGGAGAUCAUCGGCUACGUGCUCCACAUCCGCAGGACCACAGACCCUGUGGAGAUGGAGUACCAGGAAGCCGUCAGUAAGGUGACUCUACAGCAGGUCGUGGGUGAUCUGGAGCCCUCCACCGGCUAUACCUUCUAUGUGAAGGCUUACACGUCCCGCGGAGCCAGCAAACCAUCUGAGAGCGCCACCGAGAGCACGCUGGGCGAAGUGCCAGCACCCCCGUCACUGUUCAUUAAAUUGGUGAACAGCAGUGUGGUGCAGGCGGUGUGGGAGCCAUCCUCUAAGAUGGGCCAACAUGAGGGCUUCAGGCUGUACUACAGGAGGGUCCACACCCCCCUCUUCACCGGACCACUCACCUUCACCCGCAACGUCACCCAGUACAACAUCACCGGGCUGGAUCCAACCCUGGUGUAUGAGAUUAAGGUUCUGGCCUUCAACCAACACGGAGACGGCAAUGCCACCAUGCGCUUUGUCUCACUGAAGGAGGCUGUGGAGAAAUCAGUGCUGAACACCCCCUGUGACUGUGUGAAAGAUGAACAGAGCAAGACCUCUACAACCGGAAUCAUCAUCGGCAUCCAUAUAGGAGUCACCUGCAUCGUAUUCUGCAUGCUCUUCCUCAUGUUCAGCUACAGGGGGAGGUUGAUGACGUGUAAGACAGUGCAGGCCACCCCCCAGGCCGGGCGUAACAUUGCCCUGGAGUUGUCCUCCACCUCCCAGGGGGCCCUGGCCUUAAAUGGGGUGAGCAGAUCAGGCAUGGAAGGGAACGGCAGCCUUGCUGGGAAGAGCAGGGGAGACAGCAACGAGCUGGAGAGACUCUUCUCAGGCCCGUCCCACUGUGGAGACCUAGCAGACAGUUCACGCAUGUUGGAUAGAUCGCUGGUGUCCUGUGCGCUGAACGAGACCCAGUUGUCCACUCUGCCGCUAGUUGACUUCAGCCUUGUGGUGGAGGGGGACAGAGAGACUCAGUUCCAGAGGCCUCCAGAAGAGGGCCGGGCGGCCAGUGACAGGGCUGUGGCCGGGGUCACCCAGCAGAACCAGACCUGAUAGAAGCAUGAACGUCAAGUCUGUGACACGGUCACAGUGUCACCUCAGACUCGUAUCACACUCAGGUCGACCGAAGUAUUUCUUUUCCUAUUAGUUUUUCUUUGUGCAAAGAAUUGUAUUAUUGGUAAGUUAAAUAAGUCGCCUCUGGAAAAGUUAUAGGGUCUUGGACUCAUUCUUGGAGGUGUCCCCGGCCUAGGUUUUUGGUGCGUUUUUUGAUGGACAGCUAGGUUUUUAGCUUUGGCAGGUGAAUUAAGUGUUCUUGUUUUGUUUGUUUACUUCCUUCAUUUUCUGGUUGCCGGCAGCACACAGAAUAGAUAUCCAGAAUGUCUUUGUUAUACACUCAUCAUUUUAUCUCAGAGUCGAAUAUGUUUUUAUUCCUCUCCUAUCUCACAAAAUGGUUCUAAGUUAUUGGUCUUAUUUCUACUAUUUCUUUCAAUGUCAAAGACUGCUGCCUCCUCUCAGCCGAGCAAUGAUUCCACAAACGCAUCCAACAAAGACUUAAGGCCUUCUUCCAGUGAUUUCAUAUAUUCUCUGUCUCAGGACUUUUCUUUUCAGUGAUAUCAAUGUUUUUUUUAUUAGUUCUCGGCCUUCAUACAGGUUCUUAACUUGGCUCUGUGAACCUUUAGGAUUCAACAAAAACCUACCUCAGCCGGAAUGAAUGUGACGUGGGAAACCUUUUGGAUCCGUCUUCUCCCCCUGCGUUCAGUUACUUUUACAUGUAGAGCGAUCGGUUCGUAAAACACGAGAACAGGUGCCACGCUACCUCAGAUGUCAAGAACCGCCGCUCUCCUGCUUGUCGAAGAGAGGGAAAAAAAAGAAGAAAAGAAAUCUAACGGAAAGCACUUCAAAACGCUGAAGUCCACGUUCUACCUCAAGAUAACAAUGUUGUAGUUGUUCUUUCUUUCAUAAUGAAACAUGUACUUCUGUUGUGAGAGCUCCUGGCUUCCCUCUGUCAAUGAAUUGCUGUUUGUGGAUAUGUCAGUACCUCAUGCAAGUUGACAGAUGAUAUUGUUGUAAGAAUUCUACUUGUAAAAUACAUUUUUCAUAGUUUUC